GUCACCCUUAUCGCCCUCGUCACCGUCCUUCUCCUCCUCCUCACCUCUCCCCUCUUGGCCUGUCCUUUUGAAGUCUCAAUCUACGUCGACGCGUAAAGGCCCGCAACGACGCCACGUUCACUAAAACCACACACUCGUUUAGACCAACACGCCGCGCGCGAUUUUUCUGUGCUUUCUCUCCCACAUACAGUCCCGUAUUCCUAUUAUUACCUUCUCUUCUGAGCCUGUCUCCGCCUCUUGCUCUCGACCUCAGCAUCUAACCCUCGACACCUGUAUCUGCACCUGCAACCCCAGCUCUAUUGGAAAUAAUGGACCACAUGCACAAAUACAGGCACACUCAUGUCGCGAUGCGACAGGUCAUUCCUCCCCCCAUCAUUCCUCCCCCUACCUCGACCAAGGCGACCACGACUUCCACCACGACCAGCCACAGCACCUCCUCGUCGUCUAGUUCCACGACUACAUCAACUACCACUACCUCAACCUCAACCUCGUCGACACCCGUCACGUUCGCAACUACUCCACCCAAUUCGCAGAGUUUAGCCCCCAACACAUCUCCUGCCGGCGUCGCGACCUAUGCCGGCAAUGGAAACAACUCUCCGCCCAAAGGAGCAGCGACCUCCAACUAUAUGCCCAUCUUCAGCACUGGUGCAACUGUUAGGCCUGGCAGCAUUGCGGGUGCACAAGCAACUGGCGCUGCCGGAAAGUCAUCUACGACGAGCGGUAGCAUGAGCACUACCACAAUCAUUGGUAUCGCCGCAGGUGGUCUUGUAGGCGCGAUAAUUGUCGGCGCGAUUAUCGCAUAUAUUAUUCGACAAUGCCGCCGACGUACCCGGGCGGAAGCGACAUUCGACCGCAACUCGUUCAUCCGGAAUUCGGUUCUGCUCGAUGACAAGAAUGAGAGCACUACCUCACUGGCAAUGGACGAAAAGCUGCGUGGUAGCGCAGGCUUGCUGGCACCACAACCCAUGCAACAGUCAAACUCGAAGUUGGCACCUCUGGGUGUUGGUAUUGCCGGUGGACCGCGGCCUCCGAGUAUGAUCCAGCGGCACUACGACGCGCCGGCUCUUCAGCCUGGGCAGUACGCGCAGUAUCCUGCGCAGCCGCCGAGUGCCUAUUACCCGCCGGGGGGCAUGCCCCUUCGGUCACCCUUCGCGAAUAGUCCUGGAGGGGAUCUCCCGUCUUCUCCAGCCGAUUCAUUCUUCACGCAAGCGCAACUCCAGUCCCAAGGCGGCAAGUAUUAUCCUGGCCAGUACAGGCAGAACAACAUACCUGGUACCCCGGUUAGCCCUCCUGAUCUUGGACGUACGCCUACGUACAAUAACCAAGGCACCGAUCACGCGGAUCUUGCUCGUGAACCGAGCAUAGGCACUCCAAGAUCUGGUCGCGGUCUCAGUGUCACCCCCUUCCAAGCGCAGCAGUAUGCGGAGAUCUCUAGGCUUGUCAAUACGCCGGUUGCUUCAAGCCCGCCCAUGCCGCCCAACAAGGACCAUGGUGACUAUGACCUUCCGGCAAGGAGUGUAGCUUCUCCGCCUCCUGCUAUGGGCAGACCUAUGGACAUGUCGCCUUCAGGUUUCCGCUCCCCGUCGCCCCCGUCCCCCAUGGCACCUCCCAGGAACCUUGUCUCACCAUUCCAAAGAAUUGAUUCGAUGCCCCCAAUGCUCCCUCCACUCUUGAGUUCGCACACAUCCGAUGCCUCACUUUCCGGAUUCAGUUCUGACAGGAGUUUGAACAUGCAAGGGCGAUCGGGGACGCCGACUGACCCGAACCCGCAACAGUAUUUCACCGCCACUCGCACGACGAGCCCACAGCAACUUCAAGAUGUGCGCUCGAACUCGGGCUACCCUGCGCUGGUAGAGCCUAACCACUCCCCUCGGACACCACAAUUCCACAGUGGCGUCUCUACAGCGUCGCAUUUCGGGGAGGCUGGCAAUUUCAACAGCGCAGGCAGCCUGAACAGUCUCGCGCAGAGCCAUAGCGGAAACAACCUGUCUGUUCCCGGUGCGGAGCCUACCAGACGUCUCAGUGUGAGGAACUCAGUCGCGAGCGACGCGAGGUACAGCAUGUAUGGCGAGGACGAUGUGUAUGGUGGUAUUUGAGCCGUGCUCAUAUUGUGUCAAACAACGGUAGGAUAUGGUUAUGAGCUUUGCAUUCUGUCCCCUGGUACCAUGUUUCUCGCGGUGCCGGUCCUGGUGACGGCUGUCUCCCUUUUUUGUGGCCUGUCCUACCACCGUUCAGUUUCAUUUUCAAUUUUUUCAAGGACUGGCUCGUCCAAUUUUCUUCUUCACAAUGUCUCUCACGCCGCUGAAAUGGGCAUAUAUCCCUACUUUACUUACCCUUUUGUGGAGUUUUCCGCAUGUCUCUCGUCUUAUGUGUGGAGAGCGAGAAACCCUUUUUCGAGAGAGAUCACCAACCGUUAGGUACAGCCAUACACAUUCCAAAUCGGAUUUGAAUCCG